UUGAAGUGACUAAUUUCUGUCAUAUGACUGAGGCGCCCAUGGGGGUGGCGGGGCGGCGGUAGGAGCGGGGGGCCUCCGGCGAGCUCCCAGCUGAGCGACCCCGGUCUGGCGGCGGCCAGCAUGGCCCCCACCCUGUUCCAGAAGCUUUUCAGCAAGCGGAGCGGGCUGGGCGCGCCGGGCCGAGACGCCCGCUACCCGGACUGCGCGUUCAGUUGGCCCUUGCCAGAGUUUGACCCAAGCCAAAUUCGACUGAUUGUAUAUCAAGACUGUGAAAGACGAGGGAGAAAUGUAUUGUUUGAUUCCAGUGUUAAGAGAAAAAAUGAGGACACAUCAGUAUCGAAGCUCUGUAAUGAUGCUCAAGUCAAGGUCUUUGGGAAGUGCUGUCAGCUGAAGCCAGGAGGAGAUAGUUCUUCCUCUUUGGAUAGCUCUAUCAAUUUAUCUUCUGAUGUAAAAGACCAGUGUCCCAAGUACCAGGGUUCUCGGUGCUCUUCUGAUGCCAAUAUGCUUGGAGAAAUGAUGUUUGGCUCAGUAGCAAUGAGCUACAAAGGAUCCACUUUGAAAAUUCAUCAGAUCCGCUCACCUCCACAGCUAAUGCUUAGCAAAGUUUUCACUGCCCGGACUGGAAGCAGUAUCUGUGGAAGUCUCAAUACGCUGCAAGACAGUCUUGAAUUCAUCAAUCAGGACAGCAAUACAUUAAAGGCUGAUAGCAGCACAGUUAUUAAUGGACUGCUUGGAAAUAUAGGUCUUUCACAGUUCUGCAGCCCCAGGCGGGCAUUCUCUGAGCAGGGUCCGCUCCGCCUGAUCAGGAGUGCCUCUUUCUUUGCAGUUCACAGCAAUCCAAUGGACAUGCCGGGAAGAGAACCGAAUGAGGACAGAGACAGCGGCAUAGCACGCUCUGCAUCUCUGAGCAGCUUACUCAUCACCCCAUUUCCCUCCCCAAAUUCAUCACUUACCCGAAGCUGUGCCAGCAGCUACCAGCGACGCUGGCGACGUAGCCAAACAACAAGUUUGGAAAAUGGGGUAUUUCCUAGAUGGUCUGUAGAAGAAAGCUUUAAUCUGUCAGAUGAAAGUUGUGGCCCUAACCCAGGAAUUGUGAGGAAAAAGAAGAUUGCAAUUGGGGUAAUCUUUUCAUUGUCCAAAGAUGAAGAUGAAAAUAACAAAUUCAAUGAAUUCUUUUUUUCACAUUUUCCUCUCUUUGAAAGCCACAUGAACAAGUUAAAGAGUGCAAUAGAACAGGCUAUGAAAAUGAGCAGGAGAUCAGCUGAUGCCAGCCAGAGAAGUUUGGCAUACAAUCGCAUAGUUGAUGCCCUAACUGAAUUCAGAACAACAAUUUGUAACCUUUACACAAUGCCAAGAAUUGGGGAACCUGUAUGGCUUACAAUGAUGUCAGGAACUCCAGAAAAAAACCAGCUUUGCCAUCGUUUCAUGAAGGAAUUCACUUUUCUAAUGGAAAAUGCCUCCAAAAAUCAAUUCUUGCCAGCUCUCAUUACUGCAGUUUUGACCAAUCAUCUUGCCUGGGUUCCAACAGUCAUGCCAAAUGGACAGCCACCUAUAAAAAUAUUUUUAGAAAAACAUUCCUCUCAGAGUGUGGGCAUGUUGGCAAAAACUCAUCCAUAUAACCCUCUUUGGGCACAACUUGGAGAUUUAUAUGGCGCUAUCGGUUCUCCUGUACGGUUAGCAAGGACUGUGGUAGUUGGCAAACGACAAGAUCUGGUCCAGAGGCUGCUUUAUUUUCUUACUUACUUCAUUAGAUGCUCUGAACUUCAAGAAACCCAUCUUUUAGAAAGUGGAGAAGAUGAAGCCAUUGUUAUGCCAGGCACGGUGAUUACUACCACUUUAGAAAAAGGGGAAAUAGAGGAAUCCGAGUAUGUGCUAAUCACAAUGCAUAGAAACAAAAGCAGUUUGCUCUUUAAAGAGUCAGAAGAGACAAGAACUCCUAACUGUAACUGUAAAUAUUGCAGUCAUCCACUCCUUGGGCAAAGUACAGAGAAUGUGUCACAACCAGAGAGAGAAGAUAUUCAAGACAACUCUAAGGAAUUGCUGGGAAUUGGAGAUGAAUGCCAAAAGAUCUCUCCUCCUGACUGCCAAGAAGAAAAUGCUGUUGAUAUUACACAGUACAGAGAUAAAUUAAGAACUUGCCUUGACACCAAGUUAGAGACAGUUGUUUGUACAGGAUCUGCUCCAGCAGACAAAUGUGUGUUGUCAGAGACAGGCUUGGAGCCAACAGAAGAAUCCUGGCAGAGUAAGGAAUUACUGGAUUCAGAUAAUCACACAGGCACAGCGAUGAGAUCCACAGGGAUAGUUGUGGAAAAGAAACCUCCAGAUAAGACUAUGCCUAGUGCAUUUUCCUGUGAGGUAACUCAGACAAAGGUUACGUUCUUGAUUGGAGAUUCUAUGUCACCUGAUUCAGAUACUGAACUUCGGAGUCAGGCCGUGGUGGAUCAGAUUAAUAGACAUCAUAGCAAACCACUGAAGGAAGACAGAGGGGUGACUGAUAAGCAUCAAGAAAGUAAAAUAACUAAGGACCAAUCUGCAGAGUCUGGUGCACAGAACAUGGUUUCUGGAGAGUCCUGUAAGCUUCCUUGUUGGAAUCAUUCAGACCCAGAAAGCAUGAGCUUGUUUGAUGAAUAUUUUAAUGAUGAUUCAAUUGAAACUAGGACUAUUGAUGAUGUUCCUGUUAAGACAAGUACAGAUAAUAAAGAGUAUUGCUGUAUGUUAGAGUUCCCAAAAAGAUUGUAUACAAAAAAUAACAAACAGAAAAAUGAGCUUUGUAAAUGUAUAGAAACCGUUCAUCAAGAUUCAUGUAAUGCCUGCUUUCCUCAGCAGGACCAAAGAGAUUCCCUCUCUAUUCUUGUCCCCCAUGGGGAUAAAGAGAGUUCAGAGAAAAAAAAUGCUGUAGGAACUGAAUGGGACAUUCCAAGAAAUGAAAGUUCAGAUAGUGCCCUUGGAGAUAGUGAGAGUGAAGACACUGGUCCUGAUAUGAGGAGACAAGUUGGCAGUUACUGUGGAGGGGAGCAGGAAGAUUGGGCAGAAGAGGAUGAAAUACCUUUUCCUGGGUCAAAGUUAAUUGAAGUGAGUGCUGUUCAGCCCAACAUUGCCAACUUUGGAAGAUCCUUGCUGGGUGGCUACUGCUCAUCUUACGUUCCUGACUUUGUUCUUCAAGGAAUUGGAAGCGAUGAGAAGCUCCGUCAAUGCCUGGUGUCAGAUUUGUCUCAUGCUGUGCAGCAUCCAGUGUUGGAUGAACCAAUAGCAGAAGCUGUCUGUAUAAUAGCUGAUAUGGAUAAAUGGACUGUUCAGAUCGCCAGCAGUCAGAGACGAGUGACUGAUAAUAAAUUGGGAAAGGAAGUGUUGGUUUCUAGUCUUGUUUCCAACCUGCUUCAUUCCACUCUUCAGCUUUAUAAACAUAACUUGUCUCCAAACUUUUGUGUAAUGCACCUUGAAGACCGGUUACAGGAAUUAUACUUCAAGAGCAAAAUGCUGUCGGAGUACCUGAGGGGACAGAUGCGUGUUCACGUCAAGGAGCUAGGAGUGGUUCUUGGGAUUGAAUCCAGUGACCUUCCUCUUCUGGCUGCUGUAGCAAGCACCCAUUCUCCAUAUGUUGCUCAGAUACUCCUUUAACAUGCCUAGAGGUUAACUGCGGUUUAAAGUUGAAUAGAAACCAAGGAGGCAAGCACAGUGUGUAUCUGUGGAGUUGUUGCUGUUCUGUUAUUUGUGUUAGUUUUCUCCAUUAGGCUUCUGUGUGAAUGUGUCAUCUCUAUCAUGCUGUGUUGUAUCACAGUCUGCAUAGACUGGAUGGCUUUUUAUUUUUAACUGGACAUUGGGUAGCGGUAGAUUUUCAACCAAGUGAAAUUAAAGCAACAUAAAUAAUUGGGAUGGGGGGAAGGCAAGUAGCAUUUGCAAAAGCUAAAGUGAAACUAGAAAUUUCUCUCCAGGAAUUUCAUGCAAACUCUAAAAUGUUAUCACAACUCAUGAAUAGCAAUAGAUAUCUCAUGAUCAAAUAUCAGAAAUCUUCAUUUCACUAAUUUUUAAUUUUUAUUUCUAUGAUACAGAAUUCUAUAAGACCUUGAUUUAUUUGUUGUUUUGCAGUUCAGGUCAACUAAUUUCUAGUUUAUUUAAGUAUUUUAAACAACCUGUUAAUUAUAAGAAACUCACAAUGAGUGAAGAUGACAUGUUGCCCAUCCAAGUGUACAUAUGUAUCUAUUUUUUUAAAAAAGCAGGGAUAGAAAUACAAUAUUGAUAAACAUGCCUUUUUAAAAAAUAUUUUUUCAUCUGGUAUUGUAUGUAAUGUUGAAAUACUAUCUUCUGAUGAUUUUCUGUUUCACACACUCUAAAAUAUAUUUAAAGCCAAUCUUUUUGAGGCUAAAGGUUGUAGAUUCCCUAAGAAUACUACUUUAUACCAUUUGUUUUAUAAGAAUGAGCUAAUUCUUAUUUGAUAUUUACAUAUUAAUUUAAUAAAUAAAAAUUAAGAUUAAAAAGUGCACCAAAGCAACCACAGAAAUAAUACUAUAUUUUUAAAAUGUGCUCAGGUGGCCACAAACUUUGAUUUCAGUAUCAACCAUUGAAUCCAAAUGAGCAGAAUAUUUGCUAAUAAUCCUCAAUUUACACUAGUAAAAGUAAUAACUUUAAAAUUUUCUUUUCUCUAAGUGUUCCCUGUUUUCAAAAACUGAUUGUUUUUCAAAGCUUUCCACUUAACCAUUUGUUGUCGUCUUUGUAUAUAGUGUAGAUUGUUGCUUGUAAGAAAGGCUAAUAAGGAACCAAACUCUUGUAAGUAAUGUAAAUAAAAAGGUGGGUAGAUAAUGUUUUCAAUAUACUCUACUACCUCAGUUUACUUGAAUAGCUUACUCUUUGCCUGUGUGGGCUAAGAUACACAUAAUGCUAGAAUUAAAGUUGGUUUCUGUUUUCAUUGAGUAAUUCUCAAUUGUUUAGCUCAAAAACAAACAAAAAACACAAAAAGAGCCCUACUCGCUUGUUCAGUUACUGAAUACAUUUACUAUAACACAUCCAUUCUUGCUAUUUAAAAUUUUCAGUAAUUAAUGAAAAUGUUCUGUGGUUUAUAGUCUUUAGAAUCUUGAAUUUAUAGUGUCUGGUCACAAUUUUACCUUGCUCUUUAUGUGUGUUCAGGAGAAUUCCAACUAAAAAAGAAUAAGUAGACUGUUUUAAUGGAACAUAAACCCAAAAUUAGGGUGCCUGCAGUUGGCCCUUGUCCUGUCAGCUGGUUCCAGUUAGUACCUGGGUCUCCCAUGAAUGACUUGCUGCCAAAGAGUAUAUAGAUAUGUUUGCUUUGGCAUCCUUGUAUCCCAUUUGUUAGUGAGAUUGCUCUGUGUUCUGUUGAAAUUCAGAGAGUAGAUUUCUGUCAGAAUUUAGAACCUGGAAAAGUUCAUCUAUGGCCAUUGUACAUUAUUUUUUGAUUGUGGCUCAGAAGAAUAUGUAGCAGGUAGACAAUGUUUUGGGAUGUUUUCUUAAUCAUGGAACUUUUCAUAGUUCUAUUUGAAAUCUCUCAUUACCACUUAGUAAUUCUAGUCUUUAUUAAGUGAAUGGCUUGUGCACCUUUUAUUUUCAAAACUCAGCUUUGCUGGAAAGGAAAGGCCUAUAGUUUCUUAAAGACUCACUAGUCCUUAUAGGAUUCCUCAGUUUGUAAUACCUUUAUCAUCAUAUUCUUUACUUAUUCAAAGCCCAAGGAAUGAGCUACUUCUUUACAGUGUGGCUGUGAUAAAUGUGAAAAGAGUUUUGGCCUGUUUAAAAUAAUUUUUUCAACUACUUAAUGGUACAGACAAAUAUGUGCUACAUAUUAAAAACACCUGUUCAUUGUAACGGGAAAUUAAAAAGGGAUCUUUUAUAUUAUAGGAUUAAAACUAAUUUUCCAUAUAUGUAAACUAAUUGAUUUGAUUUUAAAUAUCUUGGCAUUUAUUAAUAUGUCUUAACUUUGAAUUUGAAAAUAUUAAGUGCAAUAAACAUACUAUACAGAUUUCUUUUUGUUGCAAUUGGCACACAAUGCAGAUGAUCACUAAGAACAAUUUGCAUAAUGCCUGUGUCUGGUAGCUGUCUUAUGAGAAUGUUCUGCUUUCUCUUAAGUUAUUUAGAUGAUGAAUAUACAAAAUGUACAUACUUGUUUGUUCUGAAUACAUUUCUCAAAUGUACACCUGUAUUAUAAUAACCUCCCAGUUCUAGGGGAAAUUUGUGCAAUAAACACACAUGUCAAUUUGA